AGUCAGCAGCACGUACAGUACAAGGGCAGAGGGACUGCCUUUAUUCUCCUGCACGUACUCCUCCUAGCUGGAAUCAGAGAGUACUCAAGCUACGGGACCCUGCAGAUAUAAGCGGCUGGUGCUGUUGAGGAAGCCAAAAAGAGGUCAAACUCUUCAAACUGCAGCAUCGAACCAGCAAACCUCUUACAAUUAAUAUAAGUGGAUAAGGAGAUAAGAACGUGAGAUGGAAAUGAGCUCAGUUCAAGCAGAAUCACAUUCGGAGGCGGUCGGCGAUGAGCUGGAGUGUGAGAUCUGCUGCCAGAGGUACGACACCCAGAGCUGCAGGCCCAAAGUGCUGUUCUGUAGGCACAGGCUCUGCGCCCGCUGCCUCGGCAGCAUCCUGGGCAUGGGGGGCGCCCCCCAGCACCUCCGCUGCCCUUUUUGUCGCCAUGACACCGACAUCACACUCUGUCAGGUAGCUGACCUCCCUGAUGACUCCAACAUCAUAGCCCAGCUCGCGACCACAGAGAAAUGCUGCCCAUCAGAAUGUAGGGGGGUGGUCUCGCUCCCCCAAGGCCUCUCCUCCAGCCUGGCCCAAUACUCCUCCAGCUGCCUCAUCACCAUCAUGGACAUGCAGCUUUCACCCAGCUGGAAUGGUAGCUCAGACAGAAAUGCAGAGCAGAGCCUGGACUCCAUCUCCAUAAGCUCUAACAGUCAGGUGGACCAGGAUGGUCCCUCUAAGCUCUGCAGACACAUGCCCAGGAUUCUGGUCUGGCUGCUGGGCUUUCUAUACUUUGGGUCACUCCCUCUGGGGAUCUACAUGCUGGUUAUUCAGAAGGUCACCCUGGGGAUUGUGUGUAUCAGCGUGGUGCCAUGCAGCCUGGCGAUGUGCAUGGUGUACGCUUUUUACCAAUGUCUCUGCCAAGAACGUGCGCCCGCUCUGCAAGACAAUGAUGGCAGGUCGUGGUUCAACUUCUACCUGGAAUUCUAGGGGGCCAUUUUAACACACGAAACUGCACAAGUGGAAUCUAUAUCGUGGUGAUUUCCUCCUGACCAGGACAAUUUUUAUUUUUAGCACUGUUAAGGUUUUGAUAAACACCCUGCUGGGGGGGGAGUUAAUAAAUUUUGCAGUGGUCCCCAAACUUUAGCAGCUUUAAACUACCAAGGAUGAGUCAGUAUUUUGAAUAAAGUUGUUUCACACUUCAUCUCCCGGCUGCAUAAACUAUGCAUUUCUUUCAGCAUUUAUAAAGUGCACUUUAACAUUUCAGAGGUAGACACUUCACUGCAUUUCUGCAUUGCAGUGCACUUAGUUUAGGCUACAUAAACAGCAUAUUUCUAAUCAGCAAAUAUAUAGAAAGAUAUAUAUAAAAAAAAAACACUAUCUGCCAAGAUUGGUCCCUGCCUUGUCCUGUGAUGUCUGUUGUUUCCACAUUUGGCCAGUAGAUGUUGCUGGCAUCCCAUUCUUUUAUGUUACUAAUUUCUCAUGGCUAUUGAGUCCUGGGUGACUGCGUCCUUGGCAUUGUGCUGUGUAACUCCCAAUCCCUACUGUUAUUGAUCCACAUCUGUCCCUUGGCGAUGACCUUGUUCUUUGUGCAUAUAUCUGCCUGCCCUUGCCUUGUUCCUUUGUCCGUCUUUGUCAGUGUUCUUAGUGCUGUGCUUUUGUACCCACUUGUUGCUGGUAGUUCCUGCAUCUAAGACCCCAUUUAUUGUUCUAUGCUGCUGUUUCCCGUAAAUUUUACUUGUAGCCCUCGUGGAUUCCGAACACACUUCCUGUCUUAGUUUUGACCCUCGUGGUUCUUUUGUUUCUGGUACAUUUUGUGUUCAGUCACUGCUUCCCUGCAUCACAACUGUAGUUUGAAAUGGUAAAUAAAAUGUGUGUGUGUAUAUAUGUAUUUGUGCAUAGACACACACACACACACACACACACACACACAUUAUCCCUGCCC